AUGAAGACCACCUUCUUGCUUACCCUCUUCCUUGUAUUUGCCUUCAUACCAUCAGCCAAAGCUGAUUUGGUGGACACCGAUGGUGACCCCAUCAGAAAUGGUGGCUCAUACUACAUCUUCCCGGCCCUCUGGCGACACGGCGGCCCCGUCAGCCUCCAAGCUAAAGGCAAUGAAACUUGCCCUCUUACCGUUGUUCAAGCCUUCUCUGAACUCGCCCACGGUUGGCCCACCAGACUUUCUUCUCCAUACAGAAUCUUAUUCCUCCCUACAGAUUUUAUCAUGGAGUUCAUCGUCGAGUCGCCGCCAAACUGUGCAGCCACUCCGGCAAGGUGGACGAUUGUUGGGGGAGAAGAUGAGACAAAGCAAGUGAAACUUGAGGAGUAUGAGCCUGAAGACACCAUCAUGAGCACGAGCACACGAGGUUGGUUUAAAAUUCAGACAUAUCAUGGUACGACCUAUAAGAUGGUGUAUUGUCCCACUGAUGAUGAUCCUUGUAGAGCUCUUGGGCUUUCCAAGGACGAGAAAAUAAAUAGGCCUUUGGUUAUCGCUGAUGAUGAUGACGACCCUUUCGUAGUUGUGUUUCGCAAAGUCGAAUCACCAGCUGAUUGA